CUCCCUACCUUAUUGGGACUCGAUUGGUUUCCCCAUCUCGGCCUAGGGCUAACAGGAGUCCAUGCUGUCUCAACCUCAGACACUGACUCCUUAUUCGCUGAUUACUCAGAUGUAUUCAGCGAUGAGCUGGGGUGUUAUAACGGUACCCCAAUAUCAUUCUCAGUCGACCCCCAGGCAGUACCAAUCAGACUAAAACCGCGUAGGGUCCCAUUCUCUAUUCGGCCAAAACUAGAUGCUGAAUUGGAUAAACUAUUAAAACAAGGGGUCAUUGAGCCAACAGAUUUCGCCAAAUGGGAGACGCCCAUUGUCACACCCCUCAAAAAAGACGGUAGCCUGAUAAUUUGCUCGGACUACAAGACCACAAUCAAUAAGUUUCUACAAGUUAGCGCUUACCCAGUGCCCGUCAUUCAGCAUUUAUUACACACUUUAGCGGAACUCCAGACCAUCGUCACUCACAGGGGUGCUUUCCGAUGCAAGCGUCUACAAUUUGGCGUAAGUGUUGCCCCAGGUAUCUUUCAAUCCCUCAUGGAGCGGAUUUUACAGGGCCUCCCUGGAGUAGUACCCUACUUCGAUGACAUCUUAGUCUCGGCCCCCCUCCUGGGUCUACUAGCCGGAGACAAACAGACCCCUCAAGUCCUUUCCCCUAGGAUGACGAGAUGGACCCUCUUCCUAGCAGCCUACUCCUACAGACUCUUACACCGGCCAGGUAAAACAUUGUCCCACGCUGACGCUCUCAGCCGCUGUCCCUUGCCGGCUCCAGCUGAAGACCCUGCUCCUGUCCACGCCAUUUUCGAGGUAACCCAAUUGGACCUCCCCAUCACUGCCCUGGACAUUGCUGCUAAAACCAAGGCAGACAAAACGCUCGCCCAGGUGCUCGACUGGGUGAGGAGGGGGUGGCCGGGUGGCAAUGUGGAAAACAAAUUCUCACCUUUCAAGACCCGCAUGCAGGAGCUGUCCAGUUUGCAGGGCUGUCUACUGUGGGGCACUCGAGUGGUCAUCCCGACCUCACUACGUACCCGGGUCCUGGAGGCGUUGCACGAGGGACACCCUGGCAUUGUGAGAAUGAAGGCAUUAGCACGCAGCUAUGUAUGGUGGCCAGGCCUCGACGAGGACGUUUUCAGUUGGGUAAGUUCCUGCAACAUCUGCCAGGAAUCCCGUCCGGCUCCUCCCAUUGCCACCCCUACUAAAUGGGAGAGGGCCAGCGCUCCGUGGUCCAGAAUCCACAUCGACCUGGCCGGCCCCUUGCAUGGGAAAAUGUUCCUAGUGGUCGUGGAUGCCUAUUCUAAAUGGAUUGACGUUGCACAGCUAUCCACGACCACCACACAAGCAAUCACCAACGUAUUAACACGCCUGUUUGUUACACACGGGCUACCUGACUCCAUUGUCUCCGACAAUGGCCCACAGUUCGCAUCAACCGAGUUCAGCCGUUUCGCUGCCAACCUGGGUAUCCGCCACAUUUUCACAGCCCCAUUUCAUCCUGCCAGUAACGGAUUGGCUGAGAGGGCCGUCAGGACCACUAAAGAAGCUAGUGGUUCACUCCUGAUGGGCAGGCGUCUGAGGACUGUAUUGGACAGACUUCACCCACAAUACUGCCCUGACUCUCCCCUCGCUUCCACAUCGGGGGUUAGACAUUUUAUCUUACAGGAGCCAGUAUUCGCGAGGAACUUCGCUGGAGACCCCCUGUGGAUCCCGGGCGAGAUCGUGGCCAUCACCGGACCAAGGUCGUAUCGGGUCAGAGUGCCUGUCUCUAGCAAGCCUCAUCAAGCCUUCUCUAAUAUUAGGCAGAAGGCUACUGAGCCAUAUCCUGAUUUUAUUAACAGAUUACAGGAUGCUUUACAACAGCAGAUAGACAACCCUGAGGUUCAGCAUGAGUUAUUGAUGAAGUUGGCAAAGGAAAAUGCCACUUCUGAAUGUCGAAGGACAAUUUUUGGUCUAGGAACUAACCCUGGUUUGGCAGAAAUGAUUAAAGCAUUACAGGAUGUAGGAACAGCUUCUUAUCAAACUAAUUUGUUGGUGACUGCUUUAUCUCAAGGCAGUUUGUUUACGACUGCUUUGUCUCAAGAUGGCAAGUCUAAAGGAAAGUGUUACAACUGUGGUAAACCUGGUCAUUACAAAUGGAAAUGUUGUAAUUCAGGAAGAGGAAGAAAGCCAAAAGAGAGAGGGGAAGGAAGUUUUGGUUCUACUGAUCCAGCCACUUCCAUCAUAGCUGCCAUCACUACCCCAAUCACAUUUCAACAGCCCCGUCAAAUCAUUUUGUUACAGGCUUGUUGUGUUCAUCCUGCCAAGGAUGUCGUGGCACCAGUCCCCGAAUCCAAUCCCAGAGAUGGCAAAGGUGAUGCUACAGACAGCAAAGCAUCCAAUUCGAUCCUGCCGUGCCAGUCAUCCAGUGACAUGGGGAGAUGUGAAGAACUUGACUGCCAAAGCGCAGGCAGUGUUACAACAGCAGCAACAAAAACAAUUAAUGCUACUUCUUCAGCUAUUUCAUCAAUCAACCAUGAGAUGCAAAAAUUUAGAAAAGCUAUUUUACAAAACCGUGCUGCUAUUGAUUAUUUGCUUCUAUGCCAACAUUUGGGUUGUGAAAGUUUCCAGGGAUUGUGA